CGCGAAGGGGCGGUGCGCAAGUCUGCGAGGAGGCGGCAGGCUGGGCGGGCGGCGAGCGGCCGGGAGCGCGCGGUGGACUCAGUGGCAGUGAGUAGUUAGUUGUUAGUGUCAAUUGCUCGGCGGCGGCGGCCGCGGUCACCAGGAAGGGGACGGGGAGGGCGGCGAUGGUGGUCACCGCCGCGGCGUGUGCGUCCUUCAGAUCCAAUGGCCUGUAGAUUAGGAACCCUUGGAUUAAUGUGAUGGUGUUAGCAGAAGUCAUAUUGCUGUGGACUGGAGAGUAAAUUUGCCUGAGGAAGAGGAGAGUGAAAAGGCAGAGGCUAAAGGGAGGACACCGUAAGAAAAGAAUAUUUGAGGUCCAUUCAUAAGAAAAGAAAAGGAAGCAACAUAAUGCCCAGAGUUGGAGCCAAUUAAACAAGUAAACAUUGCUAUCUUCAGAAAACAAAUUAAGAAAUGAGAGGCAAGGAAGAAAAGACGUUCAUCUUGGAAAGACCCAAAGCACUUUGAAAUUUUAAAGGAAUGUAAUACUAGCUGCUAAGACCACCUUUGUCACCAGAAUGAAUGAAGUGCUUCAAAUUUAAGUGAUUGAUUGUAUACUUAGAAGAACUGCUGUAACACAUACGGGAGGUGAAAACUAACAGAUGAAAGUUUUGCCAUGCACUGAAAGAAAAACAUUGUCUGUGAAGUUCUAGUUUUAAAAAUGUCUGCUUGUAAUACCUUUACUGAACACGUUUGGAAACCUGGUGAAUGCAAGAAUUGCUUUAAACCGAAAAGCUUGCACCAGCUCCCCCCAGACCCUGAUAAGACACCCAUCUCCCAUGGCAAUGUGAAAACUAAUGCCAAUCACAGUAACAACCACCGCAUCAGGAACACCGGAAAUUUCCGGCCUCCUGUGGCAAAAAAACCCACUAUAGCUGUGAAGCCCACUAUGAUGGUAGCAGAUGGGCAAAGUGUAUGUGGUGAGCUUAGCAUCCAAGAACACUGUGAGAACAAACCUGUCAUUGUAGGAUGGAACCGAAACAGGACUGCCUUGACUCAGAAACCACUUAACAAUAAUAAUGAAGGUGAUAUUGAAGGAUUUAGCCAUGUUUCUAAGUCUUAUGGUAAUAAUGAUAGUGCAAAGAAGAUAUCAAACAAUAACGGGCUAACUGAAGUGUUAAAAGAGAUAGCAGGCUUGGAUACCACCCCUCAGAUACGAGGAAAUGAAACUAACUCCAGAGAAACAUUCUUAGGAAGAAUUAAUAAUUGCUAUAAACGAUCGUUGGAAAGGAAGCUUCCACCAAGUUGCAUGAUAGGUGGGAUAAAGGAUACUCAGGCCAAGCAUGUAAUUCUGAGUGGGAGCACAGAAGUGAUCAGUAAUGAAGGAGGUCGGUUCUGUUACCCAGAGUUUUCUAGUGGUGAGGAGAGUGAGGAAGAUUUACUUUUCAGUAACAUGGAGGAGGAACAUGAGAGCUGGGAUGAGAGUGAUGAAGAGCUGUUGGCCAUGGAGAUUCGCAUGAGAGGGCAACCUCGCUUUGCCAACUUUAGGGCAAACACUUUGUCUCCUGUUCGAUUCUUUGUGGACAAAAAAUGGAAUACUGUCCCCCUGCGAAAUAAAUCUCUGCAGAGAAUCUGUGCUGUAGACUAUGAUGACAGCUAUGAUGAAAUCCUGAAUGGUUAUGAGGAAAAUUCUGUGGUUUCCUGUGGACAAGGAAGCAUUCAGAGCAUGGUGUCAUCUGACUCCACAUCACCAGAUUCUUCUUUAACAGAAGAAUCACGUUCUGAGACAGCCAGUAGUGUAUCCCAGAAGAUUUAUAAUGGGGUGACAUCUCCUGGUAACCUGGGAGAUUCUAAGGACAUGAAGGAAAUUGAGCCCAAUUAUGAAAGUCUCUCUGGUAAUAAUCAGGAGAAGAACAUAUCACAAACUUCCAAAAGCACAGUAAAAGUUCCAGAGACACACAAAGCAGUCCUUGCUCUUCGAUUAGAAGAGAAGGAUGGCAAGAUUGCUGUACAAACUGAGAAUCAAGAAAGUAAAGCUUCUACAGAUAUUGCUGGGCAAGCAGUAACCAUAAACCUUGUCCCUGUAGAAGAGCAAGCAAAGCCCUACCGGGUUGUGAAUCUGGAACAGCCACUGUGUAAGCCAUAUACUGUCGUGGAUGUGUCAGCAGCCAUGGCCAGUGAGCACCUUGAGGGACCUGUUAACAACUCCAAGACAAAAAGCUCAUCUUCUACUCCAAACUCUCCAGUGACAUCACCUGCAUUGACACCAGGACAAGUAAGUACCCAUUUCCAAAAAUCUAGUGCAAUCCGAUACCAGGAAGUAUGGACUUCCAGCACCAGUCCACGACAAAAGAUACCUAAAGUAGAAUUAAUUACUGGUGGAACUGGACCAAAUGUCCCUCCAAGGAAAAAUUGUCACAAGUCAGCACCUACUUCACCCACAGCUACAAACAUUUCCUCCAAAACCAUCCCAGUUAAGUCACCUAAUCUGUCUGAAAUAAAAUUUAAUAGUUACAACAAUGCUGGUAUGCCUCCUUUUCCAAUUAUCAUUCACGAUGAACCAACUUAUGCUCGGAGUUCUAAAAAUGCUAUCAAAGUUCCCAUUGUUAUCAACCCAAAUGCAUAUGACAAUCUAGCCAUCUACAAAAGUUUUCUGGGAACAAGUGGAGAACUCUCAAUGAAAGAAAAAACCACAAGUAUCAUAAGCCACACUUAUGAAGAAAUAGAAACUGAAAACAAAGUGUCUGAUAACACCACUGGCAAACCCACUGAAUGUCCCCAAGCUAAAGGGUUUUCAAACAGCACAGAGCGUAAAAGGGGUUCAGUGGCUCAGAAGGUUCAAGAGUUUAACAACUGUCUCAGCAGGGGUCAGUUGUCACCACAGAGAAGCUAUAGUUCCAGCCACAGCUCCCCAGCAAAGAUCCAGAGAACCACGCGAGAGCCUGUGGCCAAAACCGAAGGCAUUCAGGAGCCUCAGACGCUGGGCAGCAGCAGUGGUGGCAGCGGCAGCAGCACCAGGGAGAAAGCAAGCACAGUGCUUUCUCAGAUUGUGGCUUCUAUUCAACCUCCACAGUCUCCUCCAGAAACACCUCAGUCUGGCCCUAAAGCUUGCAGUGUGGAAGAACUUUAUGCUAUUCCUCCAGAUGCCGAUGCUGCUAAGAGUACAACAGUCCGGCCCAAAUCUCUCUUUACAUCUCAGCCUAGUGGUGAGGCUGAAGCACCUCAGACCACAGAAAGUCCUACCACCAAAGUACAAAAAGAUCCAUUUGCAAAGCCAGUCACCUCCUCUCCCUCCAAAUUAGUGACUAACCCCCAAAGUGAGUCACCACCUCCCUUUCCCCCGCCACGCUCUACUUCCUCCCCUUAUCAUGCAAGUAACCUUUUGCAGAGGCAUUUCACCAAUUGGACCAAGCCAACCAGCCCUUCCAGAUCAACAGAAGCUGAAUCAGUUUUACACUCUGAAGGCAGCAGACGGGCAGCUGAUGCAAAACCUAAACGCUGGAUAUCAUUUAAAAGCUUCUUCCGCCGUCGGAAAACAGAUGAGGAGGAUGACAAAGAGAAAGAGCGAGAGAAAGGGAAACUGGUGGGCCUGGAUGGUACAGUCAUCCACAUGCUGCCCCCUCCUCCAGUUCAGCACCAUCACUGGUUCACAGAGGCAAAAGGAGAGUCCAGUGAGAAGCCAGCUAUUGUCUUCAUGUACAGAUGUGACCCUGCCCAAGGGCAGCUCAGUGUGGAUCAGAGCAAGGCUGGGGCAGACCAGGCAGCAGUCACAGAGAAGGGUAGAAUGGAUGCAUUACUCCAGGACUCAGAGAAGAAGAAGAGGAGUCACUCUUCUCCAUCACAGAUUCCUAAGAAAAUUCUCAGUCACAUGACCCAUGAAGUGACGGAGGACAUUUCUCCUCAAGAUCCAAGAACUGUUGUUGUGAAACCAGAUGGCAGGGGCUGCACUUCAGUCACGUCUUCCUUGCCCUUACCUGAACUGGAAAAGGAAGAGGAAAAAGAAGACAUUUCAGAGCCUAUGGACCUGAACCCUUGUAGUGCAACAUACAGCAACUUAGGGCAAUCUAGAGCAGCCAUGAUACCUCCCAAGCAUCCACGGCAGCCUAAGGGAGCUUCGGAUGAUGCCAUUGCUUUUGGGGGGAAAAAAGACCAAGAAGCACCUAAGCCUUCCCAACCCACACCACCUCCACUGCCAAAGAAAAUGAUCAUAAGAGCCAAUACAGAGCCAAUCUCCAAAGACCUCCAAAAAUCCAUGGAAAGUAGUCUCUGUGUCAUGGCUAAUCCCAUCUAUGACAUCGACCCCAACUGGGAUGCCAGCAGUGCUGGCUCUUCCAUCAGCUGUGAACUCAAGGGACUGGACAUUGAGUCUUAUGACUCCUUGGAGAGACCUUUGCACAAGGAGAGACCUAUCCCCUCAGCAGCAAAUAGCACCUCUAGCUUAACCACUCUCAGUAUUAAGGACAGAUUUUCCAACAGCAUGGAAUCUCUGUCCAGCCGUCGUGGUCCCACUUGCAGACAGGGCCGAGGCAUCCAGAAGCCACAGAGACAAGCACUUUAUCGAGGACUUGAGAAUCGGGAGGAAGUGGUGGGUAAAAUUCGAAGCCUUCAUACAGAUGCCUUGAAGAAACUGGCCAUUAAAUGUGAAGACCUCUUCAUGGCUGGACAGAAAGACCAGCUCCGUUUUGGGGUGGACAGCUGGUCAGACUUCAGACUAACCAGCGACAAACCAUGUUGUGAGGCAGGUGAUGCAGUUUACUACACUGCUUCAUAUGCCAAAGAUCCACUUAAUAACUAUGCAGUCAAGAUCUGUAAGAGUAAAGCUAAAGAAUCUCAGCAAUAUUAUCACAGCUUGGCUGUCCGGCAGAGUCUGGCUGUUCAUUUUAACAUCCAGCAGGACUGUGGUCAUUUCCUUGCUGAAGUCCCUAGCCGUCUGCUUCCCUGGGAGGAUCUGGAUGCCCCUGGAAAGGAAGAGGAUGAAAUGCAAGAGAGUGAAGAAGAGGCAAAAGGAGAAACUGAUGGGAAAAACCCAGAGCCCUGCUCUGAAACAGAGUCAUCCCAGACAGAGAGCCAGGGAAUCAUGAGCAGAAAGCAGAGAAGCCAUGUUGUGGUCAUCACCAGAGAGGUUCCCUAUCUCACUGUGGCCGAUUUUGUGCGAGAUUCUCUGGCCCAGCAUGGGAAAAGCCCUGAUUUGUAUGAGAGGCAAGUGUGUCUGCUACUCUUACAGCUGUGCUCUGGCCUUGAGCACCUAAAACCCUACCAUGUCACUCACUGCGAUUUACGCCUGGAGAACCUGCUGCUUGUCCACUACCAGCCUGGGGGAACCGCCCAGGGCCUUGGGCCUUCAGAACCCAGCCCCACCUCAUCUUGUCCCACGAGGCUUAUAGUGAGCAACUUCUCUCAAGCCAAGCAGAAGAGCCACCUGGUGGACCCUGAGAUCCUCAGGGACCAGUCCCGCCUUGCUCCAGAAAUCAUAACAGCUACUCAGUAUAAAAAGUGUGAUGAAUUCCAGACAGGCAUCCUCAUCUAUGAGAUGCUGCACCUGCCCAACCCCUUCGAUGAGAACCCAGAGCUGAAAGAGAAGGAAUACACGCGAGCAGACCUGCCUCGCAUCCCACUCCGCUCCCCCUACUCCCGGGGUCUGCAGCAGCUGGCCAGCUGCCUCCUGAAUCCCAACCCUUCGGAGCGGAUCCUCAUUUCAGAUGCCAAAGGCAUCCUCCAGUGUCUGCUCUGGGGCCCCCGGGAAGAUCUCUUCCAGACUUUUACUGCCUCCCCUACCCUAGUGCAGAGGAAUGCUCUGCUUCAGAACUGGCUAGACAUCAAGCGGACACUGCUGAUGAUCAAGUUUGCCGAGAAGUCCCUGGACAGGGAGGGUGGAGUCAGCCUUGAGGACUGGCUUUGUGCUCAGUAUUUGGCUUUUGCUACUACGGACUCCCUCAGUUGUAUUGUGAAAAUCCUGCACCACCGUUAAUGUGUCCUGGAUGCUGCUUUUACUACAUUUUCACCAUUUUCAUGUUGCCCAUGCACUUUCCCUUCCUAGUACUCACACAGAAUUCAAGGAAACGAGACAAACCUUCCGUCCCAGUCCAUGAACAAAUAGGUCCAUUCAGAAAGAUUAUCCACAGCUGUAAGUCAAAUGGGAAGCUGAGUCUGUCCUAACUUUACAAAAAUUCAACUGCACAAAUGUAUAGUUGUCUUCCUCUGGAAUACCUGCCAUCCUAAUUUCAAAUGCAGGUAAAAAGUGAAAAUGCACAUCCUUGAAGGGAUAGCUCCUUUGGAAUGAACUCGGUGAACUAUAUCCAGUUCCUCCAUACUUGUGAAUAUCAUCUGUCUUUUUAGCACCAAGUAUUUAUUCUCACUAGCAAUAGACAGAUUUAACCAAUCUCUACCAUCAUCCAGUAAGCUUUUACAACAGACUCUUUCUUCCUUUAACGUAUCAAUAACCGACUGUUUUGCCAAGCAACUCCAUCCUUUACAUCAGCCCUGUUUUGGUUACUGGGGACUAUAUCCUUUGUUCCAGCAGAUAGUAGAAAGAAAAGGAGAGAUCGCAUCCCUUGGGUCAUAGACCCAUUUUCAUUUCUAUUAUCGAUAAGUGUGUGCACUGCAUGGAGGAUGGCCCUAAUAGUCUCCCCUCUGCUGCCACUGUCUGAUUCUCCUUCACUUCUCCUCUGUCCCCACUUGUGAAUGAAUUGGGUUUAUCAGCCACUUGUGGCCCAAUACAGAGCUGACCCACGGUGGUGUCACCAGUGCCUCAGCAGGGUGGAGAUAAGUUCAGAGCUUAUAAACAGCUGGCAGGAUAUGAGGAGAUGAUUUUCUUGCAUGUGCAAUUCUCUAGGGGCCAUCAGGGAACAGAAUUUAAAGUACCAUUCUUUGAUUACUGUCAGAGCCGUCAGCGUUGGCAGCUAGGGCUGGCAGUGCCCAGAUCAUAGUUUUCCCCCGAGCAGUAAUUGGCCAGCUCUCUUCUAUCAAUAGCCAUUGUUAACUAGUCUAUCAAAUGCUGUAGACAACAGCCCUGAAUGAAUGGCUGUCGCUUGAGCUCUAAGAUGUCCUUAGAGGAUACAGCGAGGCUCGCUGUUGGGAUGGCUAGAAGGCAGGGGGGAGAAGGCCACUGAUGAGACUGCUGACAUCCUCCUCAGAAUGCUGACCUCUUCUAGAGAGACUGCUUCCCAGUGUGAGUGGCACGUUGCCCUUCUGACUCUUUCUAAAAUGGCUGUGGAGAACAGCUCACAGGAAUUUUUGAUGCUGAGGUGGGUGACUGAGAGCUGUUCACCAUGUGGAGCCUGUGCUCCUCUCCUAUGGAUAUAUGUGCAAUUUUUGUAUGUAUUUUUUUAGCUGUAUAUUACAGUGUUUAUGUUACAACUUCACCUGAAGCAAGAUCUAUAGAAACCCCCCACUUCUUCCCUUGGCACAUGUUUGUGCUAAAAGACAAGCGUUCCUUCCACUGGUGUGCGUGUGAGUAGAUGCGUGUGUGUAUGCGUGCUCUUGUUUCAUUCAAAACUGUGAGUAUCUGUUUACUUCAACCUUGAAAUCCCGAGUCACUCGAACAGUGUGAUUGAGUGUGCACAUGUGCCCACAUAUGCCCAUGUGUGUGCACACGCAAGCUGGAAGUAGAGGCCAGGCCUGUGGGGGAACAACCUGUGACAGGGUUGACAGAUAUGUUCCCUGUACCUGCUAGUUGGUGAGGGAGCCCUGGGACCACUCAUCCACUAGCACAGUUUUCUUAAAGCCAAGACUGCUUGUGCAGUAUUACUUAGAUAGCACAUUAGUGGCCUUGGAAAUUUCCAAACUUUUAACGUUUUUAACAGCCUUUCAUGUGAUUCACUUAUAUCAAAGAUAUAUAUAUCUAAGAUAUAUAUAUAUCAGAGGAUCAAGAAAGGAGAAGAAUGUAUUUUAUUAUGCUCUUAUUUUAUUUUUAAGAGAAUGGAUAUGUGAGGCUCCACAUGGAGGAUGUCCUUGUCCUCCUGGUCAUCAGUUCAGGACUCCCAGGAAAGAGGGCUGGUUGGCCCACAAAGAGUGUUGCCUCCUCUAGCCACAGUGCAGGGCUCUGCCCCUAGGAAUGGCCAUGGAAUGGGCAUGCCGCUGCAGGCCAGCAGUUCAUUCUCUCUCAGUGCCCUGGCAUGGCUGUGCCUUGCCUGGCAGGCUGGUGUUUGGGUCAUCUUAGCACAGCCCAUGUGCACAUAACUCCUUGCCUAAUUAUGCACUGAAGUGACAGCACACAGACCACUGACCAUGUCAGCCAGCACAUUCCCUUAAACUCCCCCCUAAUGGUUUGCAUAUUGAGACAUACCUUCUCAAUGUUGCUCUCAUGGUGCCUUGUCCAUGUAAAUUUGAAUGUUGACUAUUUAAUGAGGUUACAUAUUUAAUGCAGAGUGUUCCCUGGUCCCUCUAUUUGUUAUGUCUCUAAGUAUCUUUUUGGGUUUUUUUGCUGUUAUGACUUGGAUCCAGUCUUCAUUUUAACCCUAUAGAAGAAUAAGCCUGGACACUUCCACUAUCAUUAUCAUAUAGCACUGGUAAACCAAGUGCCUCUUCACAUCAGAUGUGUUUAGUACUGUUUUUAUUAUUCAAAUUUGUUUAAGGCACAAGAUGAAUGCAAACUAGUCAGAGAAAGGCCUCGGACUUCCCAGAGACAGGUGGCUAGAUUAAUUUUUCUCUGGAUGAUGGCCAAAGAAUGUGAGGUGGGGAGGGAAGAGGGUGUUACAGGUUAGAGAAGAAUAGAGAAAAGAACUAUAUUUCUAGACAAGAAGUACUACAUCAGAUAGUCUUCAGAAUAUUUUUCCAAAAUAGUGAAAUUCAGUCAGUCUAACAUUAUCACAGAUAUUUUACAUUUCCAUUUUAAUUGUGGUAGGGGGACUGGCCAGUUAGCUCAGUUGGUUAGUGUGGUGUUAAUAACACCAAGGGUUUGGAUCCCCGUACUGGCCAGCUGCCAAAAGAACAAACAAACUUUAAUUGUGAUGGGAACUUUGAAUUUAUUCUUCAACUGGAAAGAAAUCUACCCUCUGUAGAUACAGAUACACACACACACACACACACACACACACACACACACACACAUUAUAUAUAUAUAUGUAUAUAAAAUUGGGAUUAUGACUAGUAUAGCACUUUAAGUUUUCUCAAGUAACAUCAAGUUAUUGUCUUUAAUACUGAUUGGAAAUUUUUUUCUUUUUUGUUCAACUCUAUACUAUAGAUUCUUCCAUUUAUAUUGAGAGUUUGAACAAUUAAGCCCCUACUGGAACUUUUCCUUAAAUCACACGAGCACGAACCAUCUCUCUGACAGAUUAGGGUGCUGGAGAAACAGGACAGUGGCUAGAGUAGCCAAGAGCAAGACUAAAUGUAUAGCAGAGUGCCUUGUUAAAGUGGUCACCUAGUCUUGGAAGGAGGGGAAUUGGUGGAUAUUCCACAAAGAGGACUCAGACUACAAGAAGACUCCCAUGCUGUCUGAGGAGAGCCCUCUGGUAUGCAUGCACUAGUAUGAUGCUAAUUCAUGAAGAAUAACAGCAGGAUGAGAAAAAGAGCAAUUGUAACCCGUGGAGCAACAUGAGAAUCAUGAGUGAGGUCUACCAACCAGUAGGCGGAGUUAGAAUUGGAAGCCAGGAGUAUGGCAAUGAGUUUCAAGAUUUGGCCUUUGGAGGGGGCCGGCCCGUGGCUCACUCGGGAGAGUGUGGUGCUGAUAACACCAAGGCCACGGGUUCGGAUCCCAUAUAGGGAUGGCCGGUUCGCUCACUGGCUGAGCGUGGUGCUGACAACACCAAUCCGAGGGUUAAGAUCCCCUUACCGGUCAUCUUUUAGAAAAAAAAUAAAGAGAGAGAUUUGCCCUUUGGAGAUGAACUGGGUGAGCUAUAGAGGGGAGCACAAGGACCCAUAACAACUAACCUAAUGAUAACCCAUAAAACCAAAUAUGUUUUACCUUUGAGGGGACAAAGAUAAAACAUAUUUGUUAGGAUUUUAUGAGUCAGAGUAGCUUCCCCAUUGUCAGAUGAAGUGGGAGCCAGCUUUGCUUCCAAACUUAGAAUAAGUUUGUGCACACGGAAAACUCUAAGCCAAGAGAUUUAAACCUCUAGAAAUAUUAAUGAUAUUUCUGGGAGUAAAACUACCUAAAAUUGCAUUUUAAAGUUUCUAGUAUUGUAGAGUUUCCAUGAAAUAUCUUUGGGGCCCAGUAAAUAGUAGAAGAAUUCGACCCAGCUUCCCAAAUUUGAGUUAUGAAUAUUUUGGUGCUGAGAAGUAAACCUGACAUUUAGUUUUGCUGGUAACAGGCAAUUGGGAUUUUCCCCUAGAUUUUACCAGCAGUGAUCUGAAAAAAUACAGGCUAGCCUGAAAAAUUGGGAUGGGUUUAGUGUACUAUCUUUCAAAUGAUUCUAGAUGUAUAAAUACAGGAUAUUCAUACUUGGAGAGGGAGUGAGAGGAAUUUGACUCCCAGAGCCAACUAACUAUAGCAUGUUUUCAUUCCCCUCACUAGUUGAUAAGGAUUAAGAAUUCUGGUCCAGCCUAAUGAGUGAACAGGAUGGCUGCCCAUGAAACCAGGUUAUUAGUUUUACCUCAUUGAAGCUCAUAUUCUCAAAGGCCCAAAGUGCUGCACCAAGACAGAUCCAAGUGCUGCUCUUGCUGAAGUGUGCACUGAAGUCCAGCUGUCCGCGCUUACAGCAGCGCCAAAAGUAGGGAUUCCACAUACCAAAAACGAUGCCAUUAGGGAAGCCAGAGAGCUGCAAUGCAAGAUCCUAGGUAGAGACUAUACCAAAGAAAUCAAACCUUUCUCAUGCUUCUAGGAUGGUGAGGGGGAGCUGUGGCAAAUGCCAUGGGAGGGGAAUUCACAUACAUUUCAUGUCAGGGAAUUCGGCUAAUAAAAUCUAUCCUCAAAAAGGCAACUUUUAAAAAGGGCCAUUUUGUAAAUUAAAAGAAAAAAGAUGAUGAUGAAGAAAGCCCUGGGCAAGAUAUAAAGUUCCCCAGCGUUUAAUGAGAAGGAACUCUUCUAUCUCCCCUUGACAUGACUGUGGCUGUUGCCCAAAUCUCAGCUUGGGAACAUCCACAUGAUACUGAGCGCUGAGGAAAUUUUUAAAGAGAUAUAUUUGUUUGUUUAAAGAACUCUUGGGAAAUUUCUUAACAAAUUGUAAUCAUUUUUAUGAGCCUUCCUACAGAGGUGUUUACCAUUUAUCAUCACCAUCAUUUAAUAUUUAUAAGUACCCAGAAUGUACAAGGUGCUAUACAGCUGUUAAACACCCCCUCCCUGCAGCUGUAUGAAAUUAGAAUAGAUUUUUGCAUCAGCCACUGCUAGAAGCUUUCCUUGUCUAGGUGGGCUGCGGGGGCCUGCAUUCAGAACAUCCCAUUAUGUGUUUCCCACUCCAGAGAGCCUCUGUUUAUUCCAGCUUCUCACUUUUACCCGUCCUAUUUGCCACUAUGGUUUUCUUUAACGGAGAAAGUUUCAGGGACUCAAAAGAGGUCGGAAAUUUUUUAACCUAGCAGAAAAAUAGUCAUAUAUUUUGCUAUGAAUAUUAUUGUAGUAUAGAAAAUCUACUUUGCCCAUUAGUGUGUGGUUAGUGUGUACGUCUGCACUCAUGAUAACUUGAAUGUUGAACUAGCCCUAUGGCUUCAGCGUAGCAUAUUUGAAAGGUUAAACCACACUUCUUCAGAAAAUUGUUCCAAAUACUACUUGGUUAUCCCUUUACCAGUUUUAAGGAGUGUUGUGUGUGAACACACUGGGUUGGGAUUUUCCACUGAUGACAGCAGGGCAUUUUGGCAUGAGAGAAAGGCAGAAGUGAGAAGUCAUCCGUGGUGAUUUGAAUCAUGACAGUCCUCUCUUUAAUCCUCCAUGAUUCUGCCCACACUCUAUUUGAAAAUCUUUUUUCUCUUGCCCUUUCUGGAGCUUCAUCUCUCUACUUACAUAUUUUAGAGUUGUAUAAAUCUAUCAAUGAAAGAUCCCCUCUGACACCAGUGGUGCCAUCCUUUGGUUUGCUGUGGUACUUUGCUGUGUACUCUGUGGCAUCAU